CCCCGCGCCCGCACCAAAUCGACGCCCCGGCGCCGCAUGAUCCGCGCACCUCGACUCCUUGCCGAGCGCUGGCCACCGCCAAUCCUUCGCCGCCGCCGCCGCCUCCUCCCCGUCUCCCUGAUCCCGCGUGGCUCCCGCCCGCCGGGCGCUUCCUUCCGAGCAGCCCAAACCCUAGCCCCGACGCCGCGCCUCGCGCCGUCCCGCCUCGACCCGCUGAUGGAUCCGGCCGCGCCCGCCGCCCUCGCCCCGGCAGCCGCCGCGGACGCCGAGGCCGAGGCCAACGGAUACGAGGACGCCGCGGAAUUCGAGGACGCGAAAGCUGUGGGCGAGGACGCGGAGGCCUUGGCGACGCCGGUGGGCGGUGACGAGGAGGUGAGUGAGCUGCCCGAGGAGCUCGCCAGGGGGGUGGUGUGCCUCGAGUGCGAGACGUCGGCCGAGGCGGCGGCUGCCGGGGUUGGCGGGACCUGCCGUGUCUACGUCGUCGGAACCGCUCAUGUGUCGCAGGAAUCAUGCGAGCAAGUGAAGGCUGUCAUCAACUACCUGAAACCUCAGGCUGUUUUCUUGGAGCUCUGUGCCAGCAGGGUUGCAAUUUUGGCACCUCAAAACCUUCAGGUUCCUACUAUGAAUGAAAUGAUUGACAUGUGGAAGAAAAAGAAGAUGAACACUUUUGGGAUUCUCUACAGCUGGUUUCUUGCAAAGGUUGCUAGCCAACUUGAGGUGUUACCUGGAGCUGAGUUUCGGGUGGCAUUUGAGGAAGCAAUGAGUUAUGGUGGCAAAGUAAUCCUAGGAGAUCGGCCUGUCCAGAUCACUUUGAGGAGGACCUGGGGAAAGAUGUCACUCUGGCACAGGGCAAAAUUUCUGUACUCUAUUAUUUUCCAAUCCAUUUUUUUACCAAGCCCGGAGGAACUUAAUCAGAUGUUGAAGGACAUGGAUGAUGUUGACAUGCUAACACUUGUUAUUCAAGAGAUGAGCAAGGCAUUUCCUAGUCUGAUGGAGACGCUUCUACAUGAACGUGAUAUGUAUAUGUCUUCAAAAUUGUUGAAGGUGGCGAGGGAACAUUCUUCAGUAGUUGCAGUUGUGGGAAAAGGGCAUGUUUCUGGAAUAAAGAAAAAUUGGCAACAGCCAAUUCAGGCAAAAAAAUUAUUAGAACUAACAGUAGCUGACGAAGGUGCUUCAAAGCUGAAAAUAUUGGCAUCCAUUGGAGCAUUGAGCGGUGUAAUAAUAGCAUCCGGAAUAUAUAUAUGGGGUAGAAAAUAACAAACGUGCACGCAGUCACUACCGAAGACGGCACCUUUGCCGAGCGCACAAAUUUUUGCCGAGAGCAUUUCGUCGGGCACUCGGCGAAUAAGACCUUUGCUGAGUGCCGCACUCGGCAAAAAAGAAACACUCAGCGAACAAUAAAUUUGCCGAGUGUUAAGCGUUCGGCAAACAAUAACACUCGGCAAAAUCUGUUUUGCCUAGUGCACUACACUCGGCAAAGCUCCGUCAGCUGCGAACGACAGCAAAUGGCCGUUAGCUUUGCCGAGUGUCGGUAUCGCGGACACUCGGCAAAUGUGUGAUUUGCCGAGCGCUUUUUCUGGGCACUCGGCAAAAUAUAUUUAUUUUUUUCUUUUUCACCUAAACUUUUUCUGUUGUCAUUCUAAAUUAACUUGAACUACAUAUGCAAGUUUGGCAUAUUACUCGAA